CCAGCCAAGACCAAGGUGGGGCAAACAUGGUGUACCCGAGGACUAGAGGGCUUGUUAAGGGAAGGAGAUGGUGCUUGGAGAUGAGACCGAGGGGUGGCCAUGCCAAGUCUUGUGGGCAACUGUGCAAACGCUGAUCUUCCUCCAAGCACAGGGGAAGCCCUGCAGGCUUUUAAGCCGAGAUCUGACGGAUAACACAUGGGGAACGGGUUGUAAGGGGCAAGAUACAGGCAGGGACUGACAUCCAGGCCAUGGAGAGUGCUACGGAAGAGUGAGCAGCUGUGGAGAGAGGAGACAGAUCUGGGAUGUUUGUAGGCAGGAGAGCCACCCGUGGGAAGGUGCGGAAAGGCCAGAAAGUAAGGCCACUCCUAGGAUUCCAGCUGAACCAGCGGACGCCAACCCCUGGGGAGGAGCUGGUCGGUGGGAGCGAGACUGAGAGCUCUGCCGGGGCCCUGCCGUCCUCAAUUCCCCUUUUGCUUUCACAGACAAGACAGCUCGCAGACCUCCAGACCCAGGACACAGCUGGAGACGCAGCUGGCUUGACGCCCGUGCUCCAGAGGCUGAGACGAGACACCCACAUCCCCAUGUGCGUAUUCUGCUGCGGCUGCUGUGGUAAAGCAGGGUGUGGGUUAUGCUGCAGAACAUAGAGCAACCCCU